ACGUCGGGUGCCACAACUUAUCUCUUCUUUGUUGACAUCCACCACCACCUCCUCGAACAGUGGCCUCGUCAGUGGGGAUUGCUGUAGGAAAAGAGGGAACGGUGGAACCACUCCAAUCUCCUUCGAUCCUGAAAUGAUUGUUCCACAGACCCAACAUGCAUGAGUGAGUGAGUAAGUGAGAGAGAGAGCCUCUCGAGACAAUCCAUUGUUGAUUGGCUUUGAAGAUAAGAAGGCUUUUUGGGCAAAGCAUCCUUUGCCAACUUCCAAUCUCGUCAUUUGAUUCCUGCAAGCUAGAAGCCAUGGAGGGGAUCAUGGCAUGGUACGUAGUUGCUAGCUCCUCCUGUGUUGACCCGCUAAACUAAGUGGCUUCUAAUACCGGGCUGAUCAUCGGAGGCCGGCAAGGGGGUGUUAACUCCAUCUUCUCCAAGCUGCUGCAUGGGGACGGGCCUUCUACUGUUGCUUGCAUUCGUUGCAGGCCUUCGUGUCAGUCAUGGCACCACAGAUCCCACAGACGCUGCUGCUCUCCGAUCUCUAAUGGAUACAUGGCAGAACACACCACCAAGUUGGGGGCAGUCAGAUGAUCCCUGUGGUACACCAUGGGAAGGAGUCAGCUGCAGAAAUUCAAGAGUGACCGUCCUGAAACUGUCGACGAUGGGUCUCAAAGGUACAUUAAGUGGUGACAUAGCGCAACUCAGCGAACUCCAAUUCCUGGACCUGUCCUACAAUAAUGAGCUUGGCGGGCAACUUACUGAAAAUAUUGGAAACCUGAAGAAGCUCACCACCUUAAUCUUGGCUGGCUGCAGCUUCAGUGGUAAAAUCCCAGAUGAAAUAGGAGAUCUAGGAAAGCUCACAUUCCUAGCUCUCAAUUCAAAUAAGUUCAUUGGUACGAUACCUGCUUCCCUGGGAACCCUUUCCAAUCUCUACUGGCUAGAUGUGGCAGACAAUCAGUUAACCGGGCCGAUCCCCAUUUCCAAUAAUGGAGCCCCUGGACUGGACCAGCUUUUACACACAGGGCACUUUCAUUUUAACAAGAAUCAGCUAUCAGGUCCCAUCCCUGAACAGCUCUUUAGCUCAAAUAUGACGCUGAUACACAUACUUUUUAAUGGAAAUCAACUUACUGGGGAGAUUCCAGCUUCCAUAGGACUAGUAAAAUCUCUGGAGGUUCUGAGACUUGACAGAAAUUUUCUGAAGGGCUCAGUUCCGUCAAAUAUUAACAGCCUGACAAAUAUCAAUGAACUUAAUUUAGCAAACAACCAGUUAAGUGGACCAAUGCCAAAUCUAACUGGGAUGAACUCCCUCAAUUAUGUGGAUUUAAGCAACAACACAUUUGAUUCUUCAGAAAGCCCAGCUUGGUUCUCACAAUUAGAAUCUCUCACUGCUCUAUUGAUACAAUCCGGAAGGCUUUAUGGGCAAGUGCCAGAAAAGCUGUUCAGCUUUCCUCAACUACAGCUAGUAAUACUUGAUGACAACAAAUUCAAUGGUAACCUUCCCAUGGGCAACAGCAUCAGCCAGAAAUUACAGAUUGUGAGCUUCAAAAAUAACGCCCUUGACUCAGUCACUCUGCAGCCCAGAUAUAACAUGACUUUAAUACUUGUUGGAAACCCUGUGUGCAAUAAUCAGCUCUCAGAUACUACCUAUUGCAGCCUUCAGCAAAAGCAAUCAUUACCUUACUCCACCAGUCUCGCCAAUUGUGGUCCGAAGCAGUGUCCCCCAGAUCAGAGUCUCAGCCCUUCAAAAUGCAACUGUGCUUAUCCAUACGAGGGAGUGAUGUUUUUCGUAGGACCUAGAAUCCGAGAUGUGACAGACAGCACAUUGUUCCAAGAGAUGGAGAGGACCAUGUCGAUAAAACUUGGCCUAGAACCUGGCUCAGUGUUUCUUGAAAACCCAUUCUUCAGUGGUGAUUCUAAUCUGCAGUUGCAAGUAAAACUCUUCCCGUCCGAUGGAAUGUACUUCAACCGGUCUGAGAUUCUGAGAAUUGGGUUUGAUCUGAGCAACCAAAUUUACAGACCUCCAAAAAAUUUUGGACCAUACUAUUUCAUUGCAUCAUCAUACCCUUUCCCAGAUGCGGAAGGAAGAUCCUCAAAGAGCCCUGGUUUGAUCACUGGAAUAUCAGUUGGCUGUGCUCUCCUUGUUCUUGGACUUGUAGGAGCAGGAGUCUAUGCCUUGAGACAGAAGAAACGGGCACGAAGAGCAAUGGAACUAAGUAAACCUUUUGCAUCAUGGACUCGCAGUGGUGAAGAUAGUGGUGGUGCACCACAAUUGAAAGGAGCAAGAUGGUUUUCACUUGAUGAACUAAAGAAAAGCACCGAAAAUUUUUCAGAAACUAAUCAAAUUGGAUCAGGCGGAUAUGGAAAGGUCUAUAGAGGAUUGCUUUCCAGUGGGCAACUAGUUGCAAUCAAGAGGGCACAAGAAGGAUCUAAGCAAGGCGCACUUGAGUUCAAGACUGAAGUUGAGUUGCUAUCUAGGGUUCAUCACAAGAAUCUAGUAACACUUGUAGGUUUCUGCUUCGAGCAAGAGGAGCAGAUGCUGGUAUAUGAGUUCAUGCCUAAUGGAACGCUACGUGAAAGCUUGUCUGGGAAGAGUGGAAUAAAACUGGACUGGAAGAGGAGACUCCGCAUUGCACUAGGCUCGGCAAGAGGAUUAGCUUAUCUUCAUGAACUUGCUGAUCCUCCAAUAAUUCACAGAGAUGUUAAGCCAAGUAAUAUCCUAUUGGAUGAGAACUUUACUGCAAAGGUUGCAGAUUUUGGCCUCUCAAAAUUGGUAUCAGACAGUGAAAAAGGACAUGUUACUACACAAGUAAAAGGAACAUUGGGCUAUCUAGAUCCGGAGUAUUACAUGACACAACAGGUGACAGAGAAGAGUGAUGUUUAUAGCUUUGGGGUGGUGAUGCUAGAGCUGGUAACAGCUAGGCAACCACUAAAGAAGGGCAAGUAUAUUGUUCGUGAGGUCGAGAUGGCAAUAAAUAAAAAUGAUGAAGAGUACUAUGGUCUCAAGGAGAUAAUGGAUCCCAUAAUUCAGAAUACAACAUAUCUCAUAGCCUUCAGACAAUUCAUAGAAUUGGCCAUGUCCUGUGUCAAAGAAUCAGCUGCAGACCGCCCAACAAUGAGCAAUGUUGCAAAGGAAAUUGAGAUGAUGUUGCACAAUGAUGGUCAGGACACAAACUCAACUUCAACAUCUUUAUCUGCCACAGACAUUGGAAAAACAAAGGGUGAUCCUCGUCAUCCUUACGACGGUUCAUUUCUUCGAAACGAUGUUAGAAGCAGUGCUUUCGAAUACAGUGGCGGAUACUCUCCGUCAGCAAAUCCUGAACCCAAGUAGCAGAUAUUCUUUUCCUUUUACAUGAUCUUCCUUUGCUGUAGAUCUCCAGUAUUAUUUAUCAGGGUCCUAAACAUGUAUACGUCGACCACUAAAUGUUACUGCAGUUUGGUAUAAUUAUGCUUGAUUCAAUAAGAUAGUACUUGGUUACUUACUGAGCAGCAUAGCUCAUAUCUUUUUAUCUAUUUUUUCCUAUAGAUGACUACAACUAGUAGGAGCAAGGAGCUUGAUGUUAUUCAGGAUUGGGGUAAUUGAAAAUGAUAUGUAAUAUUCAAAUUUUAGAAGCUCUGUACUGCUCCAAUUUCAUAAAAAAUGUUAUGACAUUUGUAAA